CAGUUAUAGUGUUACAUUGCGAAGAUGAGCACUGGUUCUUUAAAUUUCUGAAUCCCUUGAAACAUUAAUGUGAAAGACCUAUCUGAAAUAGUGUCUCAAUAGGACUUCAUUGAUUCUUGAAAUAUGCCAUCGACAUUGGAUUUAUUGAAUACAUAAUUUGGAAAUAAACAAUUAAGUUAUGAAUAUUGUAAGAGGAAUGGGAACGUUUGACCACAGAGGCAUUAAAGUUAUAAGCAGCCGCCAUUUUAUAUUCACUUUUAAUUGACUUCACUAAUUUUGUUGAAAUCUACAUAAUAAAUAGUAUUAAAUGCAAUCUAUAGAUACUAAUGCUAGCGGGAAAAGAGAAUUGGAAUGGAAUUUCUUCGCCUUCUAAUUCGUAUAAUUGAUAGAUCUGUGGAUACUACGUCGACAUUUAUGAUUCGGCGAACCACGUUUGAAAAUAAAAUGCACCCGGGAAAAUAUGUAUAAACAGAUGUUAUGAUAUGUGUAGCUAUUCAAAUUUUACUUGUAAUGAAAUCAUUGGAAUACUUAACCAUAUAUAGAAAGCAACGCACAAAUAGACUAUUUCUAUAUCCUUUUGGUUGUUAUGUAUGAAUUUUAAAUAUGGAAAUUCUAUAAUUUGUUGUGUAAAGCGCUAAUUAAAAGACAAUUUUGUAACCGUUGAAGAUAUAAUAUUGCGGGAGAGUUGCACAUAAAUACUACGACAAUUUUAUCAAUACAUAAUACUGUAUAUGUUGAAGGAUAUUUAUAAGUCAUUAUGGUGACAUAUAUUUUCACGCUUUUACUUAUUGUUCGCAAUUUUUUCAUAAUUUUCACACUUGAACCUGUGAAAUUGGGAAUACUAUUACCUUCGAACAGUAAUUUCCCAUUUAGUGUAGCGAAAGUUAUACCAGCAAUAGAUCUAGCUCUUGUUCAAGUGAAUAAAAGUGGUCUUUUACCGAAUCAUAUUUUAAUCAAAAACGUCCGAGACUCUAACUGUUCGGAAACUAUCGGGCCACUGGAGGCUAUAGACCUUUAUGUUAAAAGGGAGGUUAAUGUAUUCAUUGGACCAGUCUGUGAUUAUGCAGUGGCGCCGGUUGCUAGAUUUGCACCUUACUGGUCAAUACCUGUGAUAAGCGCUGGCGCGCCAGUAAAGGCUUUUGACGAUAAGAGUGAAUAUAAGACAUUAACGAGAAUUCAAGGUUCUUAUGGAAAAAAUGCCGACUUUCUUUGGGAAAUUACAAGAACGUUUAAUUGGUCAACUAUUGGUUUACUAUUCAACGACAACCACAAAGUAGAAAUGGGUAAAACUGACAAUUUUUUUACAAUGGAGCCGAUUUACCACAUGUUCAAGGAGAAGACCGGAUACGAACCGUAUUUUAAAGCGUUUGAUGAGAAGUACCCUCUCACCUAUGAUAUUGAGGACCUGCUUAACAAGGCGUCAAUGAACGCCAGAAUUGUUGUGCUGUGUGCUUCUGCUGAUUCUGUCAGGGAUAUACUGAUUAAAGCUCACGAAUUAAAUUUUGACAACGGAGAAUAUGUUUUCCUAAACAUCGAUUUGUUCAGCAGCAAGAAUGACAGUGAGAAACCGUGGUAUCGAGCUGGUGACACAGAUGAAAGAAAUAGUAAAGCUAUGAAGGCAUACGAAGCCCUGAUGACAGUUACGUUACGGAAACCUACCAGUAAAGAAUACAAAAACUUUUCAAUGGAGGUUAAGCGGAGAGCUAAGGAGAAAAAUGUCAACUUUACUUAUGGAGAGGAAGAGGUCAACAGCUUUGUCGGUGCCUUUCACGAUGCUGUUAUUUUGUAUGCUCUCGCAUUAAACGAGACCUUAGCUGCCAAUAAAUCAAUCACAGAUGGCGCUGAAAUCACAAACCGGAUGUGGAAUAGAACCUUCGAGGGAAUCACAGGGACUGUCAGUAUUGACGAGAAUGGUGAUCGGAAUGCUGAUUAUUCUUUACUGGAUAUGAAUCCUCGUACACAUAAAUUUGAGGUUGUUGCUAACUAUUUUGGUAAAGACAAGGAGUACAAAGAGGUUGAGGGUAAACGUAUCCAUUGGGCCGGGGGACGGACGUCUGCCCCACCCGAUACUCCUAAAUGUGGAUUUGAUGGGUCAAAAUGCCCUCCAAAAAAACCAUUUCCAGAGUAUGGUAUCGUUAUAAUUGUACUGGGGUCUUUGUUAGUUAUUGUUCUUGUAGCAGCUUUCUUUAUAUACAGACAUAUCAAAUUAGAAGCAGAGUUAGCCGAAAUGAAUUGGAGAGUGAAAUGGGAAGAUAUAAUGUUUGGAACGAUGGAAAACGACAAGAAACUCCGUCGUCAAGGGAGUACCCUUAGUCUUACCAGGGAUACUCAUAAACGCUCAUCAACUGAGAAACUGUCAAUUGCAAGUUCCUGUUCAAGAGAUACAAUUGCAGUUCACUUAAGUGAUGUUGGGCAACGACAGCUAUUUACAAAGACAGGGUAUUAUAGGGGUGCUAUAGUAGCUAUUAAAAGUAUAGAUAAAUCAAAUAUCACAAUAAACAAGCCAUUGCUUUUGGAAAUUAAAAAGAUUAAAGAUCUGCAGAAUGACCAUAUUGUUCGUUUUCUGGGUGCUUGCAUCGACCCUCCAAAUAUGUGUAUUAUAACAGAGUACUGUCAGAAGGGCAGCUUACAGGAUGUUUUAGAAAAUGAACAGAUAAAGCUAGACUGGAUGUUUAGAUAUUCCCUGAUGCAGGAUAUACUUAGAGGCCUUUCAUACUUACAUAGCAGUGAUAUACGUAGUCAUGGAAAUCUGAAAAGUACAAACUGUGUAGUCGAUGGAAGAUUUGUAUUAAAGAUUACAGAUUUUGGACUUCAUGCCUUCAGAUCGAAGGAAGAAGACACAGAUAAAGAGUCAUAUGCUUAUUAUCAAAGUCUUUUAUGGACUGCUCCAGAGUUGUUACGAAUGCAUAAUAGACCACCCGAAGGAACUUCGAGAUGUGAUGUGUAUAGUUUUGCUGUAAUAUGUCAGGAAAUAGUAUACAGAAAUGGAGUAUUCUAUCUUGCUAACCUAGAUGUAAGUCCUGAAGAAAUUUACAAGAAAGUGAAAAAUGGACUGAGACCAUAUUUCCGGCCGACAUUAGAUGAAUGUGAUUGCCCAUGUGAUGAGCUAGCAGAUGUCAUCAGACAGUGCUGGAAAGAAGAUCCAAUGGAGAGACCAGAUUUCCCAACACUAAAAUCCAUCAUUAGAAAACUAAACAAGGAUGGAGAUAAAGGAAACAUAUUAGAUAACUUACUCUCAAGAAUGGAACAGUAUGCAAACAACUUAGAAGCACUAGUCGAGGAACGGACGGCUGACUAUCUAGAACAAAAGAAAAAGGCAGAAGAUUUAUUAUAUAUGAUGUUACCAAAAUCAAUAGCAAAUUCGUUAAUUCGAGGCGAAUCUGUCCCUGCAGAAAACUUUGAAAGCGUGACUAUUUAUUUUAGUGAUAUUUGUGGAUUCACAGCCUUGUCGUCGGAAUCCACUCCAUUCCAGGUGGUAGAUCUAUUAAAUGAUCUAUACACUACAUUUGAUACCAUUUUAGAAAAAUUUGAUGUAUAUAAGGUUGAAACUAUAGGUGACGCUUACAUGGUUGUAUCUGGACUACCCAGUAGAAAUGGGAACUUACAUGCUCGGGAAGUUGCCCGGAUGUCAUUAACAUUAUUGAAUGCAGUGUUGUCUUUCAAAAUACGUCAUAGACCUAAUGAACAAAUAAAAUUACGUAUAGGAAUACAUUCCGGUUCUGUUUGUGCUGGUGUUGUGGGACUUAAAAUGCCUCGGUAUUGUUUAUUCGGUGAUACAGUAAAUACCGCAUCAAGGAUGGAAUCGAAUGGAUUGCCUUUACGAAUACAUGUUAGUCCAUUUACAAAAGAGAUAUUAGAUAAAUUUGCAACAUUUGAAUUAGAUUUACGAGGUCCUGUAGAAAUGAAGGGAAAAGGUAAAGUAACAACAUACUGGUUAACUGGUGAAAGAGCGGCUCCUAAUCCAGAUCGGGAGAGUGAUUGCUAACAACUAAAGAUAAAUGUAAUCAUGAGACUUUUGUGUGACAGUGAAUAAUCAAGAUCAUGAUAAUUUUUUAUCACAGUUACAUGAACCUGGUCACCUGUACUGCUGAAUUGUCACGUGACUUUCAACCAAUUCUGUUACUAGAAGUUUUUUUAAUUGUUUAAAUUCAGUUGAAAUACCGUAUAGUUCAAGGAAGACAAAAACCAUUUUAUUUUUAAAGUUUUGAAAUGUUUGCUGAUUCGAUGUACCGUUGUUUUAAUUUAAAACCACCAGAUAUUAUGAUGCGAUCUCAUUCCAACAAUGAGUAUCAUUAAGCUUGUGACAUAUGGAAAGGAGAAUAUAUCAAUAACAUAUGUGAGGAUUAGAUUUUGAUUUCCAAUUUUCAAUCAUUUGCCAUACUGUAUUACAUAAAUGUGACUGUGUUUCAAAUUUAGAUUAUGUAAAAAGAGAAAAUAUAUAUUGUGAUCCCUGCCCAUAAAAAGCAAGUUGAACAACUCUGGUAUAAUGUGAUAAUUUGAAAAUAUAAUGUCAUCUCAUUUUUGUUGUAAAAAUAUCAUUGAAAACCGUUAACUGCUUUCAAAAAUUUUAAUUUAAAUUCAAAACCCUUCACAGAAAAGAGGACAAAAUGCAUGGUGAAUUUUUUCAUGUUUGAAACAAAACAUUAAUGAUGAUUUUUAUUUAUUAUUUUAUAAAUGUGCGACAUGUUUAAUGACAUUUGCUUGGUUUUGGAGAUAGUAAUAAUUACUAACACACUUGAAAUAAUAUUUUAUUUGGAAUUACAAAUAUAAAUCGUUUGUUUGACUAGAGUUGUCCAUCUUUACAUAUCGAAUGGUCUUUCUACUUAAACAUAUUGUACGUGUUAACAAAUAUUAACCACGUGACACCAUCCCAGUUAUUGAAAACUGUGUUACAUUUUAUGUUUGUGUAGGACAAAGAAUAUUUUGUUCAGUCAAUUUUUUUUAGAAUUAUUAUU